CUGGAUAUUGCUACUUGCUACUUGCAAAAAGCAUCUUGUCUACGUGCCGAAAACAAGGCGACACGAUGUGGACCCCGAUCCUGCUGUGCUCUGUUGUCCUGCUCGGCGCCGUUUGCGGGCAACAGUUGGAAACGAAGAACAUUCCACAAAACGGAAACAGGAGGCUGUCUCCCGGCCGCUCGGCAGCCGUCCUGCGGCAGUUUCUCCACCUGGAGGGGGCGAUCGGCUCACCUGCUUCCCCGGCCCUGGAAACCGGAGACAAGAGGAGCUUCAGGAACGGUGUGGGGAAAAGAAAGGACGGCGAAGAGGCACGGCUAGUCGAAACCAUUCCACGGCACCAAGGAGCAACCGAGUUGAAGGCUGAAGCCACCGUGUUCUCUCAAAAUGGCGGCCACGACGACAUCGAGGGAACAAAAUCGGCCUCAGACAAGCGCUCGUUCCGCAACGGAGUCGGAAAACGAACCCACUUCCGCAUUGUCGCAGACGCGUCACUGGACGAUGAACCGGAAGCACUUCGUCAAACGGGAAGUGAUGUGAGCAGUCCGACACUAUCACGUGACCCUUGGGAGGACGUUCAGGAAAAAGGCGACGAACAGUGCACCCCCUGUGGAUCAGACGGCAGUGGCGUGUGCGUGCUGAGAGGUGUGUGCUGCCGCCCCGGCUCCGGCUGUGUGAUACGGAAAGACGUCUGCUCCAGUCCUUCCGACCACGCCCUAUGCGCCAGCUGGCAGCACAGCGCCACCUGCCGGACGGACGGGAAGUGCGUCGCGCCCGGAAUCUGUUGCCGUGCCGCCGACCGCGCCUGUUUCCUGGCCCCCGAGUGCGACUAGCGCGCUCAAGUGUCCGACAGGCAGGGACACUGUUGUAUCCAAAACCGCGCUGCAUGCAGAACCAUGCUCAGGCACUGUUCUGGAUAGUCCACUCGUAUCCAGAAUUGUUUCUGGGACAAGUUUACGCUCUUGGAUACCCGGAGACUAUCCAGCUAGAACCGUGCCUGAUCCUAAAGCCCCUGUCAUACAUUCAGAACCUUCCCCCAACCACCAGCCAAACCAACCAAGGAUGGCUGAAGUUCUGGAGCAGUCUGACCAGAUAUAGACCAUAGAACUAAAUAGGCACGGUUCUGGAUACAAUAGGGACCAUAUU